AUGACGCAGAGCCAUCAUACGCUCGGCUUCCUUCUGGAUUGGGUAAGUUAUUUUCCAUGUUUUUGGUGUUUUGACUUUUAGGUAAACGACUGAACUUUAAGAAGAUUUGACAAGUUAGAUGAGGCUGCGAUUGGAACCCCUGUUUUGAUAAGAGCAGCUGAUUUUGAUUUAGAAAAGCGGGGAGGUCUAAUUGGUUUGAAUCAGAUGGAGAGAAAGUAGAGAAAGGGAGUUUUUUGGCUGAUUCAGAGGCGAAAACCCCACGAGUGCGUUUGAUUAAUCAUAUGUGCGAGUUGAAAAGCGUAAAAACUGAUUAAGUUCAUGGGAAUAAGUGAGACUGAUUUUGAGGUCUAGUACAAUGUAAAUUUGAUGUUUUGAAGUUAAAAAGUCAAAUUCUCCGCAGGAUAAGUCAUAGACAGUCUUAUUAUGUUUGUAAUAGAGGUUAAAACUUUAGUGAUGAUGCGAACGAGAUAAAACUAUAUUAGCCAUCAAGUACAAUAUAAAUUCGUCCGAAAAAAAGGAAGCAGGCGCUUUUCGAGAUUAAAAUUGUCUUUUUUAUUGAAUAAGUUGAUGUCUUCUGAAUUUCAAACCUGGAAACUUUUCAGGCCACAACAUCGCACCCCGGCUCAGAUGCUUUUACAAUAGACACCGUUGUUGAUGGUCGAUUAAUAUCCGAGCUUCUUUAUUCACUGUAAGUCCCAUUCAUUGUGUUUGUUCAUUCUUUAGAUGUGAAUCCCAUUUCACGGAGAAAUUCGUCAAUGAAGUCCAGGAAAUCGACGAUCAAAGUCGGGAGAGUCAGGUCAGACGGAUAACAUUAGUUCAUGAGAAAAUUGUCCAAUUUUAUGAACUGAAGUGCAAGAUAAACUUGACAGAGGACUCGAACUUUCUUCCUGAACCUACAGACCUUGGUAUGUUUGGGAUUUUUGGGAGGAAUUUCGAAGUUUUGAUAUUGGACCUAGUGUAAUAUAAACAUUUUUGAUUUUGAUGGGAAAAUCGUUUUGUUUGGAUGGGAAAUGAAUUGCAGAUGUUUUAUAGACUCAUUAUGGUCUGUUUAAUACGUGUUUCUUUUAGUUUCCAAGGACGAAGAUGCAGUUCUUCGCUUCCUUUUCGUCGUUUCCACCAUUCCCACUGUUCUCGGUCAUAUCAGUAGGUUUUAAUGGGAUUUUUGACAAAUUUAUGGGACAAAUUUUUAUGUGGUUGAUUUAGCUGCCCGAACAAUGCAAGAAAUGCUCAAACACUCACCUCAAAACGUCCAGGAUAAGAUAAAAUCAAUGGAAUUGGAGUUUAUAGACCUGAUUCAAGGCCAUAAAACAACGGAUUAUAGUGUGAGUUGGGUUGGAAAAACUCUGUAGAGGCUUGGUGGAAAUUUUAAAGGCUUUAUUUGGGAUUUUUUGUCAUUUUUUCCGGGAAAUUUUUGGAAAAUUUUCAAAAAAUCGAAAAAAUUUUAUUUUCAGGCCAAAAUCCAAGCGGAACAGCAAAAAUCCAAGGAACUGAGGGCCAAGCUGAACGAAGCAACAAGUCAGGUAAGCAAUCACAUACAGUUUGCCCCAGAAAAAUCGGUAAAAAAUCGAAAGAAAAGAGAUCUGUGGGAGCUCUCUUCAAAAAUCAAAAAAAUGACGGUUUUUGUUGGGUUUUAUACGUUUCACUUGAAUAAAAGUAGAGCGGACGGGUUUUCGCAAGCAAAUAUGGGUUGGAGACGGCUUGAAAUAGAUAAAAAUAUGUGUGCCCGGAGGGGAAAUUUGGAAUUUUGGGGGGUUUCAAGAUUUUUUUUGAGGUUUUUGGGAUGAAAAUUUAUUUUAUAGGGGAUUUGAGGGUGAAAAUUUUUAUUUGGCGUGGUUUGGGAUAGUAUUUGUACAUCAAAAAAAAAUUUUUUUAUUCAUUUUUUUUUGAAUUUUUUUUUAUUUUUUCCGGCCUUCAGAACGCCAUUUUAUCGGACAAACUCACCAAACUCGAAUUCGAAUUAGGCAAUGCGAAAGAAGACCUGAAAAAAUACGCUGAAGACUCGGUCAGCAAAACGGUCCUGGAAAUGAAAAUGGACGAUGCCAAGGCCCUAGAAGAGCGCCUCAAAUUGGCCGAUGAACUCACACGCAAAUUGGAAACGGAUGCCGCGGAAUGGGCAUUGAAAUGCGAACGAUUGGAGGCCGAGAACUCGAAAAUGGUAAGGAUUUUUUUGGGAAAUUUUAAUUUUUUCUGCUGAGGAUUUUUAUGAAUAAACUUGGUAGAAAGUUAGAGUAGAGUUUUGUAAGAGUAUGCGAGAUUUUUGACUUGUCUUUUUGAAGAAGACAUUGCGAUUUUUAGGUCGAAAGAGAAAAAAUUCGGAUAUUUUUUUGCGAUUUUUGGCUUGAAAAUAAAAGGGUGGAUUAGAAGUGAGGUGAACAAUGUCUUUCCCAAAAAUACAUUUUUUCAUCGGAGAGCUCAAAAAAAAUACAGCCUAAAAAUGUUUUUUCAUCACUCCGUCUCUCAAGAUUUUACGUAUUUCCUCGAAAAAAGAUCGUUGAAUAUAUUGGAUUUGACGGCAAAUAUUGAGCUAAAAUUUUCAGGAAUUAAUAUGUGGCCUAGGUGAACUGCGAUCACAGAAUUUGAAGGAAAUCUGAGCGUCACACCCGGAAUGAUACCAAUUUUUAAAUGAAUUUGUAACAUUCAUUUUAAAAUUGGUGAUGACGCUCAGAUUUCCUUGAUAUUUUGUGAUCAUAGUCACCUAGGCCAUAUAUUAAUUCCUGUAAAUUUUAGCCCAAUAUUUGCGGUCAGAGCCGGGAUAUUCAACGACCUUUUUUUCGAGGGAAUACGUAGAAUGGGGAGGGACGGAGUGAUGAAAAACGUUUUUUCGGCUGUAAUUUUUUGAGCUCUCCGAUGAAAAAAAUGUAUUUUUGGUAAAGACAUUGUUCACCUCACUUCUAAUACAGCCUAAAAUUUUCAAGCCGAAAAUCGCACAAAAUAUCUGAAUGUUUGGCUUUUUUUGACAUAAAAAUCUCAAUGUCUUCUUCAAAAGACAAGUCCAAAAUUUCGCAUAGGUCUUAUAAAAUUCUAUUCUAAAAUUUGUGCCAAGUUUCAGAAAAUCGAAUUAUGAAAGAAUGAAAAAAAUUUUUGGCGCCGUUUUGAAGAGUUUUCGUUGCAGAAAAACCGAAUCCGCGAAGCCGAAGAGGACCUAAAAGAGCUGAAAGAUGAAAAAGUCAGCGUCGACCACAAACUUUCGCUCGCCGAAAGCCGCGCCGCCGACUUUGAACGCAAGAUGAACAUGUUUAAAGAGUACCAAAAAACGGGCCCCGGCCAGACCGAGUUCAACGCGCUGAAGGAUCGCUACCAAAAAAUCCUCAAAAUGAACUCGGAGCUGGAGGAGAAGUGCUCCGCCAUGGAGACCUACAAACGCCAGAUGGACAACCUCCAAGCCAAUGUGGCCAUGCUGCGAAGCGAAAAGCAGCAAACGGAAGAGCUGCUUUUCCGAGAGCAGACCAAGUCCAGAGACCUGAAGGAGCAAUUGAAACAAGCGAAAAGCAUGAUGAAUGAAGAAAAGAACAGUGUUGCGUCCUCCUCACCCACUCUACAUGAUGAUCUCAAUAAUUUCAGCUCAUUUGAUGAGGGAAAGUAAGGAUUUUUUGAAAGAAUUUUGAGGGGUUUGGGGAAUUUGGAGACUUUUUGAUUUUUUUGGAGUUUUUUUUUUAAUUUUUUGAGAGUUUAUCGAAGGGGAUUUUUAAGAAGCCUGAAAGAUUUUGAGAUUUUUUUGUGAUUUUUUAUGAGAAUUUUGAGGUCUUGUGGAGAAUUUUGAUUUUUUUCUUAUUUUUCGGAGAUUUUUUGGGAUUCUUGGAAAUUUUGAUGGAUUAAUUGGAGUCAGAUUUUCAGGAAGCCUGAGAGAUUUUGAGAUUUUUUUAAAUGGUUUUUUAAUUUUGAGUAUUUUUGAGAUUUUUUGAAUUUUUAAAAUUUUCGGCAUUUUUUUGAAGAUUUUUGUGGUUUAAUUGAAGUCAGAGGGUUAUUUUUAGGAAGCCUGGGAGUAUUUUUGAGAUUUUUCAAAUGAUUUUUUAUAUGAAUUUUGGUUUUUUUGGAGAGUUUUUGGUUUUAGAUUUUUUGGGAUUUUUGAUAUUUUGUUCAGUUCCUAGCAAUUUUUUUGUUUUCAUUUUUUCGCUUUCAGCCUCGAUCUAGUGGAAUCUCGCGUUCGACUAUCAGCAUUAGAAUCCGACAAGCGACAUCUAGAAAUUGAAUUUGAUUCAUACAAACAGAAUUCGAUGGCCGAAAUUCAACGGGCCAACCAAAGCGCCGCCAAAGCGCGAGAAGAGAAAUUGCAGAUGGACUUGGAGGUGGAAACGAUGAAGUCUGAGCUGCAAAAGUGUCGGAGUGAACUUGCGGCCGUGGAGGAUCGAAGAAAACGGACGGAUGGUAGGGAUUUUUUGCGGAAAUUUUGAUUUUUUUUGUAAAUUUUUGGUGAUUUUAAUGAAAUAUUGAAGUAGAAUGGGGGUUUGAAGAGGUAAGGGAUAGAAGUUCUAGAUGUUGUUUGAAGUUUUUUGGUGGUUUUGUGAAAAUUUGCGUGAGGUGGGAUUCGAACCUUCGACUUUUUGAGUGAAAAGUUAACUCACUACCACUACACCACAGAGGUACAUCGGCUAAAAUACGCCGAAUUUGAGAUUUUUCGAGAGUUUUGAGUAGUUCAGAACUUGAAGAGAAGAUUUAAGAAUAUGAAAUUUAUUAUUUGACCCAUUUACCUUGUUUUAGACGAGCUGCAACAGCUGAAAGAAAAAAUGCGGGAUUACGAAGAAGCCAUCAAACGAUCCGCCCAAAUCAUCUCCGAAUAUGUUGUCCUCAAUCCGGACGACACCUCGAGCGGUCUGGCCGGCAGCGAAGUCCUCGAAUUGAAGGCAGAGGUCAAGCGGUUGGAGGAACAGUUGAGGUCGGUCCGCCAACAGGCCGACGCCUACAGACAUGUCGCAACGGAAGAGCAACGACUCAUCGCCACUGAAUUCUACGAACAGGCGGCAGACGUCAUACAGCGAAAACAUUUGGCUCAAGAAGUGCGACAUCACUUCAACUCGGACACGAAUAAUUUGCAUCCCAACACGGAACGCAAUGAAUACAGCAGCCAUCGGCAUCUCAGUGACCUACAGAGUGGAACGUCCUCAGCCAGGUAUGUUUUAGAGCAUUUGGGGGGAGGUGGAAGCGGUUUGGAAAAGAUUGGACGAGUUUCCCUGAUCUUCAGGGUUUUCGUGGUGGGACCAAAAAAGUUUAAAUUUGAUGAAUUAAAAGACGAUUUCUGAGUCAGUGCAUCAGCCGUCCGUUAGGCGUGGACAUAGGAAAAAAUCGAGUUUGAGUUUUUUGCAUCAAAAUGACUGUUGGUAGGUGCUUUACAAAAGCGAACAAUAUUUUUUCCUAAAACUUUCAACAAGGUACCAUUUUUUACAAUUUACUGUUUUUGAAGUAAUUGUUCACAACUGUCGUAUCUUACCUUGAAAUGCAAUAAUUCCGCGGCCUACUACGUUUUCGGCCCUUGCAAAGAUGAUGGAAGAAUUAUUUUUGGUCUCUUCCUACUGUAACAUACCGUAAUACCAUAUCGACCGUAAAAAAACGGCCGUAAAAUCUUUGUUUCUGAAAACCCACAGCUGAUUUUUUGAUAUGUUAAUCAGCGUAAAAUUCUGCUCUAGACGCAAUAAAAAAGUGAAUGACAAAUUUCGUGGUAUAGUGGUUAGUGGUCGGGACUACCAAUCCAGCCUCCCAGGUUCGAUUCCGGGUGGGUGCAAAUCUCGAAAAAAUACUGGAAAUCGAUUUUAAUGCAACAAGCAGAGCUAUUUGAUUAAUACUAAGUAAUUUUGGACAACAACGAUACCUGUAUGGGAGCCUAAAACGGAUUUUUAAAAAAUUUUCGAGGCUGAAUACGUGAAAAAUAAAACGGCUUCAAACCGGUUGAAAUUGAUAGGACUUACUCUAGGGCUAAUUAUAAGACACUUUCCCGUUAACUUUUUUUGGGAUCUUACUGUAUCGUGGAUUACUGUAACAUAGAACUUAUUCCCGUAAACCGCGGUUUACUUCAGAAUUCUCGCACAAAAUUUUUAGUUUUUUAGUUAGAUAUUUUAAAAAGAAAGCAAAGAUCCACUCUUAGUGUACAAAUUAAAAUUUUCCCGGGUCUUCAAUGUGUGUUGACGUUAUCAACAACUGGUCAAACUGCGUGAGAUUACUCAGGUGUUUCAAGUCGUACCGCCAUAUAAAAAAUAUUUAUACGCAACCCAAGCCUUUCUUAAUCAUUUUAAACGUAAUGGUGGGGGUUCGAGCUUUCCGCGCUAUGUGGUACACAAAAAACGGAAUCGUGUUUCACGUUACAGUAAUCCUCGAUACAGUAAGAUCCCAAAAAAAGUUAACAGGAAAGUGUCUUAUAAUUAGCCCUAGAGUAAGUCCUAUCAAUUUCAACCGGUUUGAAGCCGUUUUAUUUUUCACGUAUUCAGCCUCGAAAAUUUUAAAAAAUCCGUUUUAAGUUCCCAUACAGGUGCCGUUAUUGUCCAAAUUUGCUUAGUGUCAAUCAAAUAUCUUUGAUUGUUCCAUUAGAGUCGAUUUCAAGUAUUUUUUCGAGAUUUGCACCCACCCGGAAUCGAACCUGCGAGGCUGGAUUGGUAGUCCCGACCACUAACCACUAUACCACGAAAUUUGUCAUUCACUUUUUUGAACUUUUUUUGAUUGCGUCUAGAGCAGAAUUUUACGCUGAUUAACAUAUCAAAAAAUCAGCUGUGGGUUUUCAGAAACAAAGAUUUUACGGCCGUUUUUUCGCGGCCGAUACGGUAUUGCGGUAUGUUACAGUAGGAAAAUCGGAAAAAUAAUGAUUCCAUCGUCACCGCAAAGGUCAAAAACUUCAGUAACCAUCAAAUCACACAGUAAGGUAAGGUACGACAGCUGGAGGCGAUUACUUCUAAAACAGUAAAUUGUAAAAAAAUAUACCUUGAUGAAGGUUUUGGGAAAAAAUAUUGUUCGCUUUUGCUUAGCCCCUUCCAACAGUCAUUCUAAUGCAGAAAACUCAAAAUCGAUUUUUUCCUAUGUCCACGGCUGACGCACUGACUCAGAAAUCGUCUUUUAAAUAAGUCGGAAAUAUCAUGAAUUGUGGAAUUUAAACGCUGUAGAUAACGUCCUAGAUGAUAUUUUUCUAAUUUAUUUUCAAUUUUGGCGAAAUUCAGUUUUCGCGGUGGGACCAAAAAAGUUUAAAUUUGAUGAAUUUGAAGUCGGAAAUAACAUGAAUUGUGGAAUUUACAGCGCUGUAAAUAAGGUCUAGAUGUUAUUUUUGUAAUGGAUUUUGAAUUUUGGUGAAAUUCAGGUUUUCGCGGUGGGACCCAGAUAUUAAAAUUUCGGUUGAAAAAAGGAAAUUUUGAGGUUAAAAAUAGUAGGAUUACUUUGUAAAAGUGAUUUUUACCUUUUAUUUUGACUUUUGGUCAAGGUCAGGUUUUCGUGGUGGGACCUAAAUUCGAAAAAUUUUAGGUAGAUUUUUUGGGUUGAAAUGAAUAUAGAUGCCUUGGUAAGGGUCAAUUGAAAAAAUUUACGCCGUUUUUAUUCUUUUCUAAGCUCAAGUUUUCGUGGCGGGACCUAAAAUUUAAGUUUUUUCAAAAGUUCCCGCAAUUGUCGACAUUUUCAGGUCCACCCCGACCACCUCGGUGUAUCUAAACUCGUCGACGUCCAAUUCCCUGGCCAGCUCCACUACCCAACCCCCAUUAACGGCCCCAGCGAACCCGGCGGAGUCGGGAAUUUCGUCCAUCUUCAAGACGUUCCUCCGAAAACAACGCGAGCCCAACACGAACCGAACGCCGGCGAGGUGAUUUUCAGCCCCUCUCUACCUUCGUUAUAACCCACGGCAAGCUUGGGGGCCGCGGUUUCUAAUUUCUAACCAUUUUUUGCAAACUUUACCGAUUUUUUUUGUUAAUUUUUGGAGAUUUUUUUUUGUGAUUCUACGGGUAUUUUUUGGUUUAUUUCUUAUUUAUGGUGAAAUACGUUGGCUGGACACUCAAUUCUACGCAUUGUGAUACAAAAUUUUGGAUAUUUUUGACUCCGUCCACUCAAAACUGUAAAUUCUGUGAUUUUUGGGAAUUGUUUACUUUUUUUGGCAUUGUACACUCAAAUUUUGGCUUGGUAUCGAAUAUCUGAGGGGUUUGUUAGUAGCUAGCGAAAGUUUGAACCGUAUUUUGUCGAUUUGGAACGAGUUUUUGUUGGCAGGCUGCGCCCAGGCUUGAAAUUUUAAACCCCGAUUUUUGGCGGGAUUUUUUUAUAAAUGGAUAUUCGAUAUCACGCUGAACCACGACCCAGGUUUAUUUUUUGUAACUACUCAAGUUGUUACAGUAAUUUUUAUAACUUUUUAUUUUUUCACUUAUGGCCAGCUUUAACCGCGAUUUUUCGGUUAGUACUGAGGAAAUUUUUGACAAUUUGAAAUUUGAAUAACUUUUAUUGAAGUGAAGACUUCAGUUCCGUAGAUUUUUUCAACUUUUUUUGUUUACUGUAGGUUACUGUAACUUUUUUUCUCCAAUUUUCUCACAGUACGCACCGAAAACUCGGAUUUUUUGGUACAAUAAAGGUACACACCGACGAUGGGAGACGGUAUUUUUGAUUUCUCCAACUUUUUUGCUUCUUCACUUUAGCGGUUACUGUAGCGAAUUUAAAAUUACGGUAAUUUUUUUCACAGAUGGCCUGAACAACAAAACGCCCAUGUGAUCCCACCCAAAUCCCAACGACUAAACGGCAAUGGAUUCCCCGAGAGAUUGGUGUGACCAAAACAAUCGCCUCAGGCCAUUUUUGCGCCCCUUUUUUCUGCACAGUGCGGUUUUUGAAUUUCCCGAUUUUCGCACUGUGCAAUCAAAAAAUUUGAUGAUUUUUUUGGUCAAAAAUUUUAUUUACGGUUCAGCAAGGCUUUUCGUGGUCUUUCAAUGAUUUAUCUGUGAUUUUUACUACUGUAAUUUAUUGAAUUUGGAAUAAAUUUUGAGUUUUCGACAUUUUUGGAGAUUUUUUUCAUAAAGAAACUGUUUUUAUCAGUGAAAAAGUUUUUGUAAAAUGGGGAAAAAGACUUCGGCGUAUUUUAAACCCAUUGUUUCUAUUGGUUGAUAUCUUUUUCGGUCGAUUUUUAUGCCAAAUCAGCGGAUAUUUGGGAUUUUUGGCGAUUUUUGUUGAAAAAAGGUAAUUUUCAAAAUUUUUUUUGAGUCAUCGAGGAUGAAAAUGUUAUUAUCUAGGUCUAUUCCAUCUUGUGAAGUCGUAUUUUACCAUUUACUAAAGGUUUUCGACAAAAUUUGACCUUAUUUUAGGUCCAAUCUUGGUGCUGCUGCCCGUUCCCUCGAUUCUAGUCCAAUGAAAUCCGCAAAUAUCCCGUGGCCCGCGUUUCAAGGCCUCCUAUCCCGUCCCAACGCACACGACCGGUUUUUGCAGCGAACGGCGCAGCUGCGCAAAGACGCCAAGGCGGCCGAGUCGGGCGCAGCUCGCGCCGAAACGGACCGUCUGAUCCGCCGCAUGACCUCGAUGUCCAAUCGCAUGGCGUGGGGCGCGAAUCACAAGGUCCGGCCCGGCGAUUCGGCCGUGUUGGUGCCGCUGUUGGAGCGGCGCAAUGGCCAGCCGUACGCGGUUUUCACCCAUCGCAGCUACAAGCUGCGAGCCCAUCGCGGAGAAGUGUGUUUUCCCGGCGGCAAAAUUGAUAAGGGAGAAACACCGGAGGAGGUAGGUGUCUGAGAGGAUUCUAGGCUCAAUUUGAGUAUGUUUUUUCAGUCAGAAAAGUGGAAAAAAUUACGAUUUUGGGGCAAAAAGCAUUAUUUUUGACGAAAAGUUGGGUUUUCUUAAGUUUUCCGCAAAAGUCAAUGUAGAUUACGAAAUUGAGGUACGAAACGAGUAUGUGACGUCUGAGAGGAUUCUAGGUUUAUUUUGAGUAUGUUCUUUCAGUCUAAAAUGUCAAAAAAAUGAGAUUUUAGGGCAAAAAAUAUUACUUUAGACGAAAAAGUAAUCAAAUUUGGGGUUUUUCUUGAUUUUCCGUAAAAAAAAUCCCCUUUUUUUGGUGAUUUACGGAUUUUUUAGGUAAAAUACGCUCCUAGAAGUGUUGUCCGCUUAUAAAUUGAUUAAAGAAAUAGUGCUUUUUGAGAUUUUCCCCCAAAAAAUUCGAUUUUUGACCAAUUUUUUGACGAAAAAUGAUUUUUUUUGUAAAAUACGGCACUUCCAGCUGUAAGGACAUGUUAAAAUUUCUUUCCAGGCCGCUCUACGCGAAGCCGAAGAGGAGAUUGGCCUAAAGCCGGCGGAUGUCCGGCUCUGGGGACGAUUGCCGGCCAUGUACACCCGACAACUCACCCACAUUCAGCCAAUUGUGGGAGUAAUCAGCGAAGAGGUGGCCAGAACUCUGUCGCCGAGGACCGUAGAAGUGCAGACAGUUUUUGCGGUAAGUUUUCUUUGUUUUUUGUUUCUAAAUUUGGGGUUUUUUGAGUACCACAACGAAAUCUUGAAUUUUUGGCAUUAUGUUUCAAGGGCUAAACUUGGCUGAAAAAUGCAGUUUAUGGUCAAAACUGACUUUUAAGGAAAUUUCUAUGGUUUUUAGGAUAGAAAGUUCGAGUCCCACAACGAAAUCCUGGGGCCUGUUUCACUAACAUAAAAAUAAAUAAAAGAAAAGUAGGGGGGAGCGAGAGAGCAUCGAAAACGCGUUUGCGAGCGAGAGAAACCGGACGAAAAGCAGAAGUAGCCUACUUUUGCGGGAGUGACUUUUUACGUCCAAAACCGCGGUUCGCGGCAGUAUUUUGGCCAUAACUUUUUUCUCAGUUGGUCUAGGAACACCCUUCAAAAUUUAUAAUGAAGCUGAUAGUUUCAGCUAUCACCAAGAUUAUUUUCAUUGCUGUGGUGCCAAAACCCGUCCUUAAAAAAAUCGUAAAGUACGCGUUCUUUAAUUUUUGAGAAAAUCGACUAAAUGUUAGUUUAACAAGGAAAGUACUUUUAUGGGGGCUCCUACUUUUUGACGGGACAUAUCUCAAAAAAUCAGAAAAAAUGUGCUGAUCAAGGAUAUAUAGAUCUUAGCUGCCCAUUUUAGGUUUUUAGGGGUGAAAACUCAAUCGGAAGUUGACUUAAAGUCCUGUAUGAACCCCUUUUCGCUUAAUUUUUCACAGGUUUACAAUUUUUAUUUUGGCUUAAAAUGAUGUUUAUUGUGUUUCUAAGACGUAAUAAGACAGUCUUGGCCCAAAAAUUUAUUUUUCCGACCUUCAACUUCAAAAAAAGUUGAUUCAGCCCAAAAGGGAAAUCGAACCUGUGCGGCGUCACCCUCUUGAUUCCCAGACUACGGUACUAACCACUCGGCCACACCGCUCUCUUCCGAAGGAAGAGACCGACUGCGCUUUUUAUCGUUUCGAAUGCCUGCGCCUUUUGUAGGGAAAUUAAGCCAGUUUUUGGGCAUUUUCACCCCUAAAAACCUAAAAUGGGCAGCUAAGAUUUAUAUAUCCUUCAUCAGCGCAUUUUUUCUGAUUUUUUGAGAUAUGUCCCGUCAAAAAGUAGGAGCCCCCAUAAAAGUACUUUCCUUGUAAAAUCCCCAUAACUUGGGUAAAACUUUUCGGAUUAAAACCCUCCAAAAAACAACACAUAGAAUUUUUUAAGUAGUUUUAUACAAUAUGUGUUUUAAAUGGCUUUUAUAGCCCGGUGGACCGCUAAUUUUACAGUAGUACGGCCAACCAUCUCGUUUUUUCUUCUUCGCGGAAUAAAAACGAUUUUUUCUUACCAAUUUUUAUAAGAAUAAUUACAAAUUUCAAAUCAGUGUGUAGAGCCGUUUCUUAGCUACAUUAUGUUUUUUGAGGGGUGGCGAUAUAUCAUAAACUGAUAGAGUUACGGGCAAUUAAAUCAAGGUAACCUCCAUUUUUGACCAUAAAAAGUCGUUCCGAAAGGGGCUAACUUUUCCUCUUCCUUUGAUUUGAGGGCUCUUUUUAUGACAAAAAUGGAGGUAAAUUUGCCAUAAAUCAACCAUAAUAAGACCUACAAUUGGCCCUCUAAAAAAGCCUCAUGGAAAAAAAGAUGGGCUAUCAACUGGUAUAAAUUAAAGCGUCUACAUUUUGAAAUUGACCGAGAAAUAAAACAUUUCGUAUCUUCAGUGUAAAUGUACUCUGUACUUUAAGCUAUAUAACUAAUCUACUCUUGAAAAUAAAACAGCGAAGUUUGGAUAUGUUGUAGUCUCAACCGUCAGGUUUAUUUGGUUUUUUGAAGGGUGUUCCUAGACCAACUGAGAAAAAAGUUAUGGCCAAAAUACCGCAGCGAACCGCGGUUUUGGACGUAAAAAGUCACUCCCGCAAAAGUAGGCUACUUCUGCUUUUCGUCCGGUUUCUCUCGCUCGCAAACGAGUUUUCGAUGCUCUCUCGCUCCUCCCUACUUCUCUUUUAUUUAUUUUUAUGUUAGUGAAACAGGCCCCUGAAUUUUUGGCAUUCUGUUUUAAUGGUUAGAAUAGGUGAGAAAUUGCAGUUUAUAGUCAAAAUUGAUGUUGAAAGGGAUUUUAAGGUGUUUCAAAAAAGCUUGGCCCCAAAACGAAAUCCUGAUUUUUUGGCAUUCCGUUGCAAGACUUCGAAUAGUCGAGAAAUUACUGUUUAUGGUCAAAAUCUUUUUUUAUUAUCAAUUUUUUUGUGUGGGAACAAAAUAAAACAAAAUUUUGAGCCCCACAACGAAAUCCUGAAUUUUUGGCAUUGUGUUUCAUAGGCCAGAAUUAGCGGGAAACUGCAGGCUAUGGUCUAAAAUGAUCAUUAGAGAUUUUUUAAGAUAUCUCUUGAUGUAAACCCUCAUUUCUUACCGUAUUUUUUCAGGUUCCGCUGGCCGAAGUUGUUCUCAGCGACGAGUACACGGCCUUCCGUCUCGGCUCCCACGUCUUUCAUAUGCCCUUGUUCUUCACCGAACAUUAUGAAGUGAUUGCGCAGGCUCCGGACGCAGUCGACCUCCAGGAGCGCCGAUGGAAGAUAUGGGGCCUUAGCGCCGGAAUUUUGACCGAAGCUCUGGCAGUACUAGCGCCCGACGAAUGGAGGGGAAAAUUCGAUUACCCCGAGCAAAAUCAUCGACCUUUACCAUGA